CGCUUUAUUGCCCUCUUGGCACCCUCAGGGAGCCUCUGCAACCCUUUAAAAGAGCCAGAGCCUGGAGCAGGACCAGCAGCCCCGGCCCUGGAGAUAAGAGGGCCCCGGGGAGCAGGUGCGGGCUUCCCAGGCGGCUCAGGCAAGCGCAGGUGCCAGGUCCCUUUGGCCCUGAUGUCUGCAGAGGCAGCCGUGUCUGUGUGUGACCCCGAAUUUGGCAGUGGCAAGGUGAAGGAGCCAAGCAUGGGGGGCAGGAGUCGCGGGUCCUGGUACGAGCGGUUCCUGCAACCCUGUCUGGUGGAGCUGCUGGGCUCUGCCCUCUUCAUCUUCAUCGGGUGCCUGUCUGUCAUCGAGAACGGGACGGACACCGGGCGGCUGCAGCCGGCCUUGGCCCACGGGCUGGCCCUGGGCCUCAUCAUCGCCACCCUGGGAAACAUCAGUGGAGGACAUUUCAACCCUGCAGUGUCCCUGGCAGCCACGCUGAUCGGAGGCCUCAACCUGGUGAUGCUCCUUCCCUACUGGAUCGCCCAGCUGUGCGGGGGGCUGAUCGGGGCCGCCUUGGCCAAGGCAGUGAGUCCUGAAGAGAGGUUCUGGAACGCGUCUGGGGCAGCCUUUGUGACAGUCCAGGAGCCAGGGCAGGUGGUGGGGGCCGUGGUGGCCGAGCUCAUCCUGACGACACUGCUGGCACUGGCCGUGUGCAUGGGCGCCAUCAACGAGAAGACGCAGGGCCCUCUGGCUCCAUUCUCCAUUGGCUUUGCCGUCACCGUGGACAUCCUGGCGGGGGGUGCUGUGUCUGGAGCCUGCAUGAAUCCUGCCCGUGCCUUUGGACCUGCCGUGGUGGCCAAUCACUGGGACUUCCACUGGAUCUACUGGCUGGGCCCGCUCCUGGCCAGCUUGCUUGUAGGACUGCUCAUCAGGCUCUUCAUUGGAGAUGGGAAAACCCGCCUGAUACUAAAGGGGCGGUGACACUGAGGUGGUGGUGUUCCUGCGGCCUCGUCCGGAUUGCAGACGGGCGGCCUCCUGCUCGUGCGGCUGGGGUGGAGGCCCAGGGGAGCCAGGCCACCCGCUUCCCCCACGUGGGCCUGUCCUUCCUGAUGACAGACUGCUGCCAAGGUCUGAGGAUGCUCUGGGCUCUCCGAAUUCCUCUGUGCUCCUCAGCGCCCUCAGCCUGGGGAGCGCGCUGCCAGCCCUGCCCGGCACAGGCGUUUUUCCCCGACGGGGAAGCUCCUACGAGCAGAAGAGCAGUUGGAAGAGGCUGCUGUGUAUGCAUGAGCUCAUUUCUGCCACCCCCUUUCUUUCUCCUUCUCCUGGCCCCCGACUCCUCUGUUACAGAAGGGCCUUCUGUGCUCGGUUUCCUUGCUUCCUGCACUGCCAGUCUAGCUUUGCAAUAAAUAGUCCAGUAUUUGGUGUGGA